GGUAUAGACCAUAUACAAUGUCAUAUUCAAAACCGCGCAAUGAUUACAUCAAUGCAGUGAUUAUUCCCGGAUAUACAUAUGACAGUAAAAUCUUAGUAACUCAAUGUCCUCUUGAAGAAACUGUUGUUGAUUUCUGGACCAUGGUAUAUGACCACAACUCUUCUAUUGUUGUUUUGUUGGACCAGUUGAACAGGAAAACUCCGUUGUGGUUAGGUCGACAGGAAGUGCUACAGUUUAAAGAUUUUACCAUUGUGCAAGACAACUCACCAAAUCCCGAAGAGCUUAAACUUAUCUUGAGCCAUAAGGAAAAGGAUCCGAUGUCAAUAACUGUUUUCACCACAAGUAAAGUAAACAAUGAUGCAAUUCUUCCAUCAAACGUUUUACUUGACCUGCUGAAAAAAGUAACAGAGUGCUGGAAAAUACAAAAAGGUCCAAUUACUGUUGUGUGUAGUGAUGGUUGCAGUAAAAGUGGGAUAUUUGUUGCAUUGAAACUUAUAUUGGAAAAAAUGAAGAUAGAUGAUGAAAUUGAUGUUUUCCAAGUUGUUAGAACAAUGCAAGUUAGACGACCCGAAUUUUUCACGGAAUUUGAUCAGUAUGAAUAUUGCUACAGGUGCAUCAAAGAGUAUUUAGAAAACGACUCGGUGUAUGCAAAUCUAUAGUGAUACCAGACUCCGCGCUAACAGAAGUAUUUAUGACGAUUAAAUGGAAUGGUUAUUACAUAAUGUCAUUUGAACAUUUCAACAGUUAUGCUCAGAUAAAUCGGUCAUUAACUAUUAACCAUAAUGCUUGUUAGAGUUUCCAUGCGUAAAUUGAUGUAUAGGAAUAAUUGUCAUGACUAUAAAACAGAUAAUAGAUGUUAAUUAAUAUAGAGCUAAAAUCGAUUUGUUAAAAUUUACAGUAGAUGUUAAAAUCAAACAAAUGUUAAUCUGUUAUUCGAUGAAAAGGGAAUUAUUUAUUUCCGUCAUAUGCUUUCAUUUCGUAAGAUUAAAUGAUAAUGCGUAUGAAGCAAUGUUACCCAGGAUUAUAUAUUUAUAAUUUCCAAAUACCUUAGUUGACAAUAUAUCUUUCAAUAUGGAGUUUGAUAUAGCUUAUAUCGCUUCUGCUUUCGCCAAGUUUUACUUUUUUUCCGCAGAAACAUUUUUUAAAUAUAAAA